AUGUCUGAACAGUGGAAAUCAGUUGCGCGCUACUGGUGCAAACAAUGCAAGACCUUCAUUCGCGAUACACGCUUCGAAAGGACCCAACAUGAUGCGAGUCCGAAGCAUCUCAACAACAUGGCGCGCUUCAUUCGCGAACUUGCCAAAAAGAAUGAAUCGAUCGAGAAGGAGGCAGGCCGAGCCAAAAGUGAGGUCGAAAGACUGCGAAAUCUCGUUUCGGGUGGAUCGUCCAGCACCGAUAAGAACACCCAGUCUACGAACGCCCCAUCUACGAAGCGCACUGCAGUUGCCCUUGAAAAACCGGCUCCGCGACCUGCCAGCGCUGCAGACCGGAAAACUCAAAUGGCUCAGCUGGCUGGGAUGGGUAUCGCCGUCCCCGACGAUUUUCGCAGAGACAUGGCCAUAGCGGGAGAAUGGCAAACAGUCUCCCAAAAAGUAAUCAAGACAAGUGCUACCGGGGAAGAGAUCUCUUUUGGAACACACAAACGCAAGCAACCCGAUGACGAUGAGGAAACAGGCCCUCGUGAGUAUAAUGGCUGGGGCACAAAGAUAAAGACGUAUCCCAGUGCGCAAGCGGACGAUGAGGAUGGGGAUCUAGAUGCCUUGAUUGCAUCCACAACCACAAAAAAGCCCAAGACAGCUAAAAUCUCACCCAAGGCUGAAGAGUUGAAACUAGACCCUGCUCUCCUCGAAAAGAAAGAUGGUGAAAUACUAAAGAAGGGUGGUUGGGUUUCAAUCAAACGAGAAGAGCCUACGAUCCCGGUCAAACAAGAAGAUUCUUCGAUCUUAGUGAAACAAGAAGAGCCUGCCGAGCUCUCAACUCCCUUAGAAGACCUCCCAACUUCCUUGGCAGACGAAAACACCGGGGUUGAAGAUGUUGAAACGACACCUACAAUUGUGUUCAAGAAACGCAAAGCCAAAGUCAUCCGAAAAUAA